AAAUUAAACCAUACAUGUGUAACAGCUAAUUCCUUCAAAUUUUUCUUCCACUAAUUAAUUUGUUUGCUUGUUCCAAGUUUCCACAGAGAGAGAUUCAAAUUUGGCAGGAGAACAAAUUUGAUUAGCAGCCAUAAAUCAAUCAAGCUGAAAUUACAAUCAGUGCCCCUUGUGCACAACCACUAUAAAAAUGGCAUCAAUUGUGACACAAAUAUGCUUCAUAGCAACAAAAUUUCUUUAAGGUUAUAAUCAUGGCUAUCUCAAAGAAUCAGUUCAUCCCUGCCAUUGCUCUUUGUGCCCUUCUUGUGAUGACCAGCCUGGAUUUCACAGUUUCCCAAACAGGCAUUUGCUACGGAAGGCUCGGCAACAACCUGCCCAACCCAUCGGAAGUCGUGGCUCUAUUGAACCAAAACAAUAUCCGACGAGUGAGAAUUUACGACCCGCAUGGUCCCACACUGCAGGCCUUAAGUGGGACCAACAUUGAGGUCAUCCUCGGUGUCCCCAAUACCGACCUCCAAAACGUGGCUGCCAGCCAGGCAAAUGCCGACACAUGGGUCCGCAACAACGUUCGGAACUAUCCCAACGUCCGGUUCAGGUACAUCGCGGUCGGGAACGAGGUGAGCCCUGUGAGGGGCGACACGUCCCGGUUCGCCCCCUUCGUCCUCCCCGCCCUCCGAAACAUCCAGACCGCGGUCAACUCGGCCGGUCUCGGAGGCCGCGUCCGUGUCUCGACCGCGGUCGAGACGGGCCUCAUCGGCGUGAGCUACCCGCCGGCCGACGGCGCCUUCCGUCCCGACGUCGCCUCGUACAUCAACCCCAUCGUCCGCCACCUCGUCGACAACCGGGCCCCGCUCCUCGCCAACAUCUACCCCUACUUCUCCUACAUCGGGAACCGCGCGCAGAUCGACCUCCGCUACGCGCUCUUCACGUCCCCCGACGGCGUCGUGGCCGGCGGCGUCCGGUACCAAAACCUGUUCUACGCCAUACUCGACUCGCUCUACGCGGCGCUCGAGAGGAGCGGCGGCUCGUCGCUGGAGGUCGUGGUGGCGGAGAGCGGAUGGCCGUCGGCCGGAGGGGACACGACCACCGUCGAGUACGCGAGGACGUAUAAUACGAACUUGGUGCAGCGCGCGAGGAACGGGACACCGAGGAGGCCCGGGAGGGCGAUCGAGACUUACGUUUUCGCACUUUUCGAUGAGAAUCAGAAGAACCCCGAGUACGAGAGGCAUUUCGGGGUGUUCCUGCCUAAUAGGCAGGCAAAGUAUCAAAUCAGCUUUGCCUAGUUAAGUUUGUGUUUGUGUGUGUGUGUGUGUAUCCAUGUAUUGGAAUUGUAAUAAGGAUUGAGAUAUCCAUAUAUAGCCUGCUUAUUGUGGUUGAUGAAGAAGCUUUUGUUGGCUGGGUUGUGUGAUUGUUUGUGGUUGUAAUAAUUGAAUAAUUGAAUAUUUUAAAAGAAAUAUAUUUUUAUUAGAGAUAAUAUGGUAAAAUGUUUAAUGCAUGGGGAGCAAUAUUAGCGUCUGCUACGGAAUGCGUGGGAACAACUUGCCCUUGCCCGAUCAAGUCGUCGAUCUAUGCAAGCAACACAACAUUCGUCGUAUACGGCUCUACGACCCGUACCCACCCGCCCUCGACGCCCUCAGUGGCUCCGGAAUCCAACUCACACUGGACGUCCCGAACGUCGAUCUCCCGCGCGUGGCUGCAUCCCAACCCGCCGCGGACUCGUGGGUCCGCGACAACGUGGCCAAGUACCCGGGCAUCGAAUUCCGGUACCUAACUGUCGGCAACGAGGUUAGCCCCUUGAGGCACUCGGAAUUCGCGCCGUUCGUCCUCCCGGCCAUGCAAAACAUCCUCAACGCCGUCAAAUCUUUCGGGCUCGACUCGAAAAUCCGAGUGUCGACCGCCAUCGAGGCGCAAGUCCUCGCCAACCCUUUCCCUCCGACCGACGCGGAAUUCAAGCCGGAGGUCGCCUCGUUUAUCGAACCCGUCGUGAAAUUCCUCGUCGAGAACGGUGGCCCGUUUCUCGCGAACCUGUACCCGUACUUCGCGUACGCUUCGGACAAAAAUAUCCCGCUCGACUACGCGCUUUUCGAGUCGAGCGAAGGGGUGGUCGCGGGCGGGGUGAGGUACCCGAGCCUAUUCGCCGCCUCGUUGGACGCGUUCUACGCGGCGCUCGGGAAGAGCGGAGGCUCGUCUCUCGAGAUAGUCGUGACCGAGACGGGUUGGCCGUCGGGAGGCGGAGAUGAGGCGACGAGCGUCGAGAAUGCCGGGACUUAUAAUAGAAAUUUGGUGCGGCGUGUCGGGGAAGGGACGCCGAGCCGGCCCGGACGGACGAUCGAAGCGUAUAUUUUUGCUUUGUUCGACGAGAAUGAGAAGGAUCCGCCGGAAACCGAGAAGCAUUUCGGGAUCUUCACGGCACCGGAAAUUCAACUCAAGUACGAGAUCGAGUUUUGA